GAAGGACACGUCUGACUGGUCAGAAUCAGCUAAUGGAUCUUUGCAAAUGGAUGCUCUCUCCUUGGAGUCCACCAGCAAGGAGGCCUACUUCAGCAGAGUAGAAACAUUCACCCCGCUGAAGUGGGCAGGCAAACCCCAUGACCUGUCUCCACUGGUGUGUGCCAAGUACGGCUGGACCAACGUGGAGUGUGACAUGCUGAAGUGCUCCAGCUGCCAGGCCUUCCUCUGCAUGAGCCUGCAGCUCGCCUUUGACUUCAACAAGUAUAAGGAGCGCUGUGUGGAGCUGAAGAAGGCCUUGUGCACCGCUCAUGAGAAGUUCUGCUUCUGGCCGGACAGCCCCUGCCCAGAUCGCUUUGCCAUGUUGCUGGUGGAUGAGCCCAGAGCCCUUCUCCAGGACUUCCUGGACCGCUUUCAGAGCCUGUGUCAGCUGGAGCUGCAGCUGCCCUCCCUCAGACCAGAAGACAUGAAAAAUAUGGCCCUUACAGAGGAGAAGAUCAGUCUGCUCCUCCAGCUGCUCAGGGAGGAACUGGAACACAAAACGGAGGGAGAGAAACCGCCGAUGAAGUUUGCCACGGAAACCUUGCAAGUGCACGUUCCUGCCUGCAUCCUGGCUCUGUGCGGCUGGACUUGCAGCGCUGCUUCUGGCUCUGUGCACCUCUCGGUGAUCACCUGCUCCCGCUGCAUGAGGAAGGUGGGACUGUGGGGCUUUCACCAGCUGGAGUCUGUGGGGCCGGAGCUGGACUCCUGCAGCCCGAGCAGCGCCCCGACAGCACCUGCCGAGCGCUUCCUGCUCGUGCCCUCUUCUCCACGCAGGAUGCUCACGCGGAGCCAAGACACAGUCUCUCCGGGCUCGGAGCAGCAGGAGAAGAGCCCGUUGCCGGCAAUUUCUCGCCCGCGGAGUUGGGACUCUCCCAUCCCCAUGGACCGGGGUGACUUUGAGGUGGCCAGCCCUGCUCUAAGGAGCCGCCCGGUCACCCGCAGCAUGGGGCAGGGGGACAGCGUGGACGUGCCAUCCAGUCCCCUGCGCAGAGCCAAGCAGGCACGGCUCUGCUCAUCCAGCAGUUCGGACACUUCUUUGAGGAGCUUCUUUGACCCCAGCUCACAGCACCGCGACUGGUGUCCCUGGGUCAACCCAGUGGAGGGAGGGGAAGCUCUGGAGGAUACCACAGCGCAGACGGAGAAGGAGCCUGCGAAGGCAGAGCCGGGCUGGCAAGUGGUACUGAACACGCUCCUUGCCACCAGGAAGUGCGACAGAGUGCCUGAGACGGAGCCUGUGAGUCUCUCAGUGAAGUCCUGCAAGGUGUUCCGCAUUUUCCGGCAGUGGGAGAGCAUGAAUUCCUCCUGA